CUGUCCCUGUCACUUCACAUGGUAGCUUUACCUCACUCAUCUCUCCCUCUCGCAACUCCCUUACAGUUUGAACACCUCUUGAAUAAAGCCGAAAUUUCCGCAGGUGAAAACCACACAAAAUGUAGCCCAAAUUGUAACAAUCCGCACAAUUAAAAAACAAGUAGCCCAAAUGGGCGGAAAAGUGCUCGAUCUGGCAACACUGGUCGCAGAUUUCUUUGCGCAGCACCGACUCCCACGAACACCAACGAGCAGGGCGAAUCCACUUACACAUACGAGGAGGUAGUGUCAAGUCAUGAGUGCAGAAGACCCAAAUCCAGCCGCCACACCCACUCCCUAUGAGGACAUUCAGGGAGAUGGACGAUGGAUGUCUCUGCACAACCGCUUUGUGUCUGACAGCAAAGACAAGGAACCUGAUGUCCUGUUUGUUGGAGACUCUCUUGUUCAGCUCAUGCACCAGUUUGGGAUAUGGAGGCAGCUGUUCUCUCCUCUCCAUGCCCUCAAUUUUGGGGUGGGUGGUGAUGCAACACAGCAUGUGCUUUGGAGACUUAGCAACGGUGAACUGGAUAACAUCAGCCCAAAGGUUGUAGUGCUGUGGGUAGGCACCAACAAUCAUGGUCACACUGCUGAACAGAUCUGUGGAGGGAUCAUGGCUAUUGUCCAAGUCAUCAAGAACAAGCUCCCCCAUGCCAACACGCUUGUACUCGGAUUACUGCCCAGAGGUAAACUGCCAAACCCUCUGCGGGAGAGAAAUGCCAUGGUGAACAAGCUGGUCCAGGAGGCGGUAUUGUCCCUCCCUCAUGCUUCUUUCCUCGCUGUGGACCCUGGCUUUGUCCACUCCAAUGGUAGCAUCUCCCACCAAGACAUGUACGACUACCUUCACCUGACUCCCCAGGGCUACCAGGCUGUGUGUGAACCCCUGCACGCCCAUCUCAAGUCCAUGCUAGAUAAACCUGCUGAGAACUGAGCAACCAGGGCACAGACCUACACUACCACAGUGGUCCUCGUCCCUGUUUCCAGAGAGCAUCACACUAAUCUUUUUAAGACCUUGAAUGAUGGAUAGAGUCAGUCAUUAAGGUCUAAUAGUUGCACAAACUAUUUGUGCAAAUUCUCUCCAUGGCCAGGGUUGGUGACCACUGUUACAGGUAAUGGGACCACAAAGUUUUUGGUGUUUAUGAUACAGUAAGAAAUUAAAUGUGCCGGUGUAUAGAGAGACAAAAGUCCUGCCUCAAUUCCCGGUAAGCAUCUGUUCCAUUGGCUUUUGGUCUUAAAGCGUUUUUUCCACCAAAGGAUUAUUUCAUUUCUAUGCCAAACGAUACAAGGGUUGAAUAUGAUAAGGGGAACUCUGUGCAACAUCCAGGGGGGAUCAGAGCCAGUGACUCAACAGUCAGGACAAUAAAAUGACAUCUGAAUGAAUGAUAUCUGUAAUACAUAAAUAAAUCCAGAUGUCCAGUGGUUAUGAAUAAAGCUUUUAAAAAGAUGCAGCAGCUUUUUACUCUUAAUGAAGACAUGCUGUAGGUCAAAACAUUAGUUGCUGCAUCUUAUUUAAACCUUUAUGUAUAACUGUGGGCUCCAGAUCUCAUCCCUUCAACUACAGCGCUCAUGAGUCUAUCAAAGGAGCUUGAUUUACAUCAGAAUAUGGACAGAUACCUGCUUUUCCAAAGAAACAUCCUAUGGCAAAAUAUACUGUCCGACUGAGGCUACUGGAACAGGAUUUAUUUGGAAAAGGGUGCAAGACUGUGGCUCUUAAGGUGCCAGGAUAUGUCUGGUAUGAAAAAAAUACAAGAUACAAGAAUUACCCUGACUAAGAAAUUCCUGUAAUUUGUCAUUUUGUUUUAUGAGUUCAACUAAGUUUCAUGAGUUCAGUUUGUUUGUCAAUAGCUUUAUUUACUCUGUUGUGAAGUCUUAUGUCUUUGUACACAUUAAUUUGAAUGACCAAAUGUUUUUCAUUGAUCAUUAUUGUCUAUUUGCUUGUCAUGUCACAUGUUAUUUCAUUCUUGUCCUCGUACCUUUUUGCUUCACCCUAUGUAAUAGCAACAGAUUUUGAUGUGAGAGGCUGUGUUUAGUUGCAAACAUGGGUGUAUUUGAGUAGGUUGUGACGUCGUAUUGAUACAUCUAUAGUUGAUUGUGCUUCAGGUUCAGUCUCGUCUGUAACAUAAUGACCAAUUUAAAAGGCUUUACUUCACACUAAAAUGCUUCUGAAUUAUGCUUUGGGGUGGCUGAUUGUGUAAGUGAUGAAAGAAUGCAUUAAACAUGAAGACAAAAUGG